AUGUUGAAAAUCUUCAUAAUAUUGCUCUGUAACUUUCUGCUGUUGUGCGAAUGUUUCACAACGGAACAACUCCAAACGGACUUGAAUUAUAUUAAAACCUGUAAUAAAACAUCACCGAUACCUUUGCGUACGUUAAAUGAUUUUUUGAUCGACAGAAAGUUGAAUGAGAAGCAGUCUGGUUCAUUUAAGUGUUUCUUGCAUUGUCUUUUCGUGAAAUACGGUUGGAUGGAUGAGGACGGUGGUUUUUUAUUGCAUAAUAUUAAAUUGACGGUUGAACAAACGGACACGGAUCUUGAUGAUUGGGAUUUUGUACUGUACGAGUGCACAGCAAUCACCUCCACCGAUAGAUGCGAAAGAUCUUUGCUUUUUACUCGAUGUUUUUGGAACAAAAUGGAAGAGGAACAACGGAAUAGGGAUCAACUGAUUUACAACUUCGAAUCGAAAUGAACUAUUUUAAUGUAAAGUUUAAUAAAUGUGUUUGUAACGUUAA